AUGGAGCGAUCUCGCCAGGCCCCGCUAUCGAUUUUACUGAAGCAUUCUGGCGCGCUCAGCCCGGCUUUACUCACUCAAGUCGCCGCAGCUGCUGGCCGAUGGCGCCAGGCUGAAAUCGACAUAAACUUUAUGGGGGAUCUUGCACAAAAUUUGUUUCCUAGCCCACUUCCUCGCUGCGACAUGCUGGCACGACUCGAGCUCUCCAUUGACGAUCGGCGAACGAGCCUAUUCAGACACGUCGCGCCGGAAGAAGUAGUGCAGGCGUUUCCGUUGCUAGUUGCAUUUACCCUACAGACGGACGAAACGCAGGUGCCUUCAGCAUUCGACCUGCUCUGGCCACGGUUGGAAGAAUGCAACCUAACACAAUGUCGCAGCCGUGAUGUUCUGAAGGUCUUAGCUCUUCUGUCAAGCAACUGCAGGGUUGGCCUAACGUCCUGUGGGCAAGACUGCCAGGCCGACACCUUGUCGUCCAUCGUCACGGUCUGCCGCGCCUCUGUUGUGUCAAUUGUGACGAUUGGUUCGCGUCAGGCACACUUCCUUUCACUGCUGUCAACCAUUCUCCAGCUUCCGAAUGCCAGGAAGCUGUGGCUACCAGUCUCACACCGCUCUCUCUUGUCCAUCCCGGGUUUCUUAAACCGAUCUCCUACAUUAUCUCAUCUUCACCUCCACAUUUCUGACCAAACCGAUCCGCACUCCCAGACGCUGGCCGAGCUGGUCGACUGGCCAGAGCUUGGCAAUAUCCGCCGUUUGGAACUGUGGUUGCACAAGGACCGAAAUUCGACUCGUCUUCUUGACGCCUUGAAGCGAGCAGAUUCCAAGGCUCUACCACGUCUCAACUCGCUCGCCAUCCGUGGUGCGGGUGUCAACCUCGCUUGGAUUCUCGCUGUCCAUAAAGCACGAGCGCCGCAAUUGCAGAAACUCCUCGUCCCAAUUAACACAACCAUCCCACAACCACCGAUUCCGGGAUUCGAUGUCCAGUUUUGGGACACGCAAUUCCUCGGUGAAUGGAGUAAGAACCUGGAAAUCAUCUAA